AGUCAAUCAUAAUAUUAUUCCGAACAUAUUUUCACGUGAGAGGAAUAUGUUUCGAUGAUUUUCUUAGUUUUUUACAUUUGAUUUUCAUAUAAUCAACCUUCUUGAAUUGGACAUUUAUUUCCAGUUAAGCCUUUUUUUCCUAAAAAUCCACUAAAUUGUUUCAUUGUAGAGCAGAGUUGUGAGAACCAUGGCAGAGUUUUGGUUGGUAUCAGCCCCUGGAGAUAAAACAUGUCAACAAACUUUUGACAAAUUAUGCAUGACAACAGCUAAUCAGAACAUGCUAUCUACAAACUAUAAGUUUGCUAUUCCUGAUCUAAAGGUUGGAACUUUAGACAUAUUAGUUGGUUUAUCAGAUGACCUUGGAAAGUUAGAUGCUUACUGUGAAAGUGUAACCAAGAAGAUAGCACAGUAUUUAGGAGAUGUUUUGGAAGCACAGAGGGACAAACUUCAAGAAAAUUUAGUAGCAAAUGGAGUUGACUUGGUGACUUAUUUGACAAGGUUUCAGUGGGAUCUAGCCAAAUAUCCAAUCAAGCAGUCAUUGAAGAAUAUUGCAGAAAUUAUUGGAAAGCAAGUGUCCCAGAUAGAAACAGAUCUUAGAACUAAAUCACAGGCAUACAACAGUUUAAAGGGAAAUCUACAGAACUUGGAAAGAAAAGCUACUGGAAGUUUACUAACCAGAAAUUUAGGAGACUUGGUAAAGAAGGAGGACUUUGUACUGGACUCUGAAUACUUACAGACACUGCUGGUGGUAGUCCCUAAAUCAUUCCACCAUGAAUGGGCAGCUAAAUAUGAACAACUAACAGACAUGGUUGUACCAAGAUCCUCUAGGAUUUUAUAUGAGGAUGAUGAGAAUUGUUUAGUCUCUGUGACAGUGUUUAGAAGAGUUGUGGAUGAGUUCAGACACAAAUGCAGAGAAAACAAAUUUAAUGUUCGUGAUUUUCAGUACAGUGAGACUGAAAUGGCUGCUGGUAAAACUGAAAUUAACAAAUUAGAAGCUGAUAAGAAAAAGCAAUAUGGACCAUUAGUGAAGUGGUUAAAAGUUAACUUUGGAGAAUGUUUUACUGCUUGGAUACAUGUCAAAGCAUUAAGAGUGUUUGUAGAAUCAGUUCUAAGAUAUGGUUUACCAGUGAACUUCCAAGCUAUGUUAUUAUUACCACAUAAGAAAUCGCUGAGAAAAUUACGAGAAGUUUUGAAUGAUUUAUAUAGUCAUCUUGAUAACAGUGCAAUGUCAGGGGAUAUGGCUGGUCAGAUGGACAUUCCAGGUCUCAUGAUGGGAAAUGUAGACUAUUAUCCUUAUGUAUUUUACAAAAUUACAACUGACCUUAUAGAGAAAUAGGCUAGCAGAUAUCAAUUUACAAACAGUAGAGAACAUUCCACAUUAUUUAUGUAAAUGUUGUACAUUACAAUAAAUUAGGAACUCCAUGUCUAUUAAAUGUUGAGAUAUAUUUGUAAUAGUAUAUUUUGCUGACAUUUUAUUUAAAAGGAGGGAGUUAUAUUAUUGAUGGCAUAGUCAUGUAUGAAUUUAGGACCUGCAAGGUUAAAGUUCAAAAAGGCUGAUAGUUCAAAUAUUAAUCAGAUAUGUGUAAUGUCAAAAAGUCUGGUAAAAUAAAUUAAUAACCAAAAAGUAUCAGUGUAAAGAAAAUUUGGUAAAUAAACUUUUCAAUGAAAUUCAUUUCUGAUAGGGUUAAGAGUAGAUAUUAUAGGUUCAGCUUACCUGAAGGUUAUUUACCUUUUUUCAAUCUAUAGCAAUCUGGAUAAUAUUUUCAAAAGUGAACAGUGAAAUGAUGUGAUUGGUUAAAAAUAUCAUUUACAAUGAAAAUUCAAACAGUGCUGUGACCUUGUCAUCAUUUUGGGGUACGAACAAUAAAAUUGCCCAUAGUCCUUUAUAUUGUUAAAUUAUGAAGAGGUGAAUUGUCUAAGAUGGAGUACCAAUUUAGAAUAUUCUGCUGUGUGGGGAAACUGCUGUUCAAACAAUACUUAUCUCAACUAUAUAAUUCCAAAAUGGAGAGAGAAAAAAAGAAUGAAAAUAAGAAAAAAAUGCUUGACCUUUUUUUCCCCAUAACUUUAACAGUUUAUAAAGGCGUGUAGUGAGAUGAUGGCAAUUAAUUUUCUGUAAUGAAUUGAAUUCUACAUCAGCAAAUAAUGUCUCUUUUUCAUAAAAUUGUAUACACUUGUUUUAAAUCAUGAAAUAUUUUGUAUUGCAAAUUUGUGGGUUUCACGAUUUAAUCAAUUUAAAUAGAAUGUUUUAACAGUGAAUGAAUGUGUACAUAUGAUGUCCAAAUAACCAAGACCAUGCUAGUCAAUAUUGUGAGAAAAGUGUGAUACACAGAUGUAGAUAGUUUAACACUGUAAUUGUAUAAAUAAAAUAAACUAUUAUAACUUA